AUGUCGCUUAGGGAUAUCGGCUUUGAGCCAUGCAAGGAGAGUUGGUUAUACUCAAGUACUUGCAAGAUUGACGUUGAUUAUUGGAAUAUUAUGGUUUGGAAACACGGAGAAGAAAGAAUGGACUACUUUGCUAAUAGUCUGAUAAACCAAUCGACCCUUUUUGCUAUGAUCCCUGCACAUCCAUCUUUGGAGAGGCGCAGUGCAAAUCAGAGUGCGGCACAAAACACUUCAGAACUUGAUUUUCGGUUUCCAAUUGGAGCCCCCAUACAUGGGAUUCUUGCAUUUUUAUCUACAAAUAAGAUCAAGACUUAUGAUAAAGCAAGAAAUGCAUUGGCUUUUGCAUUGAGUCCUGUCGUCAGGGCUCUGGUUGAUCCAGAUGGAGCAUUGAGUGAUGUACGAAAUUUGGAUAGCAUAAGCUUCUCAGAUUGGUUCAUGUCCAAGGGUGGCACACGCACGAGUAUCCAAAGAAUGUCGGAUCCUGUUGCGUACGCUCUUGGGUUCACUGGU